UGGGCACUUCCUGUGUCAUGGCAGGCGCGUUCCCGCCGGAGUGGAUUGCUGAGCGCCCCGGCGGCGUCACCUCCGUUUCCGUGACUCACACGUACUGCAGGCUGCGUGCAGAGGACCCCAUAGACCCCAAGCCUCGCAAUGGUGAUGUGUGGGAUGAGGGCUGGGAUAGGCGGGAAUUGUGUGAGCACUGAACGGAAGUAGUCAUAAGCUACUGUGUCAACCAAUAGCCUCCCUGCUUAGCCCCAGAACCAGGGAUGCGAUAGGUCUUUGUCGCUGCUUUAUCAUCUGUUCCUUUUUCCCUCUGAUCAGCAGGGACAGUUUUGAGUCCCCAGCAUGCUGUCCCCACUGUGGCACUGCCAACCCAGAAUGCAAUCCUGGGCGUCCCCGGCACGACUAUGUCUCUACCAAGCUGACCGGAGCGCUGGUUUGGUGGGAAGCGGGCUCCACCGUCCGCACUGAGGAAGUUAUCGCUACUAUUAUUAAGGCGGACCUCUGCUCGCAGUGUUGCUACUGCAUAGGCAGAGCUAAUAACCUCAUAUUAAAGAAUGAAUUAUCGAACGAACAAAGGACGUUAGGAGAGAUUUUAUUGGAAAUAAGAAUAGCUCCCUGAAUUCCAGGAAGCGCCCCAAGUGGGUGCCCUUGUGGGAGCUCAGUACAGAGUGAGUUAUAAACAAGCAGAGCCGAGCAGUUACUCAGUUCAGUUGUUCACUGGGAGGCAGUGACCUUUGAGGAUGUGGCUGUGAACUUCACCACAGAGGAGUGGGCUCUGCUGAAUCCAUCACAGAAGAAGCUCUACAGAGAUGUGAUGUUGGAAACAUUUAGGAACAUGGCUGCUGUAGGAAGAACGUGGGAUAACCAGCAAAUUGGACAAGAGUACAAAAAUUGCUCAAAGAAUCUAAGAAAUGAGGUGGGAAAAUGCUAUCAAUAUAAUGUUUGGAAACAACAAGAAUUACGUAUUUGGACUCCAGAUGCUCAUGUAGACAUGCGCCAACCUGCUUUAAAGCCAAGUGAAAGCCUUGCUUGUAGGAAGCCUUUGAUUGGGCAUAGGAGCCUAAAUGAGCCUAUCACGGCUCUCACUCAGCUGAACCCAGAUGAUUAUUUGGGAUUUGAAGAGAAACUGUAUAAAUGCAAUGGAAAUAGAAAAACCUGCACUGAUACUCAAUUCUUUCAGAACCAUGAAAUGAGAAAACUUGGAGAGAAACGCUGUCAAUGUGAGCACUGUAGGAAAGUCUCCUCUGACCCUAGUGAACCAAGUUACACUGGAGAGAAGAUCUUUUUAGGUAAGAAAAGUGUAAAAGCCUCCAGCAUACUCCAUGAUGUUCAAAUGCCUGAAAGAAAUCAUAGUGAGGAGAAUCCAUAUUUAUUCGAGCAGUGUGGGAAACCAUUCAUUUCUUCAUACCAUAUUCAAAUACAUGAAAGAAAACAUGUAAAUGAAAAGGCUUAUAUAUCUAAGGCAUAUAUGAAAAUACUAGCUCAUAGUAAUUCCUUUCAUAGACAUAGAAGAAUUCACACUGGGAAGAAACUGUAUGUAUGUAACCAGUGUGGGAAAGCAUUCGUUACACAGAGGUCCUAUAAAACACAUGAAAGUAAUCAUACAGCUGAGAAAUCCUAUGUAGGAAAGCAAUAUAGAAAACAAUUCAGUGAUAAGCCCAAAUAUCGUAAACAUACAAAAUCUCACGCUGGUGAGAAAUCCUAUGUAUGUAAGCAGUGUGGAAAAGCAUUCCACAGGUACAGUCACUGUCAAAAUCAUGAAAGAACUCACACUGGGGAGAAACCCUAUGUAUGUGAGCAGUGUGGAAUAUCUUUCAGCCAAAAAGCAAGUUUACAGAAACAUCAAGGAAUUCACACUGGUGAGAAACCCUAUGCAUGUAAGCAAUGUGAAAAAAGAUUUACCAACAAGUCCACAUAUCAUAGACAUACAAGAUGCCACAGUGGUGAGAAACCCUAUGUAUGUACGCAAUGUGGAAAAGCAUUCAACAGACGCAGUCAUUGUCAAAGACAUGAAAGAGUUCACAGUGAGGAGAGACCCUAUGUGUGUAAACAGUGUGGGAAAGCAUUCACUACACAGAAUUAUUUUCAAAUACAUGAAAGAAUUCAUACUGGGGAGAAACCCUAUGUAUGUAAGCAAUGUGGAAAGUCUUUCAUCCAACAGAGUAAUUGUCAUGUACAUGAAAGAAUUCACACUGGAGAGAAACCCUAUGAAUGCAAGCACUGUGGAAAAGGGUUUGCUGAUAAGUCCACAUUAUCUAGGCACAGAAGAUCCCACACUGGAGAGAAGCCCUAUGCAUGUAAGCAAUGUGGGAAAGCGUUCAGCACACUCAGUCACUGUCGAAGACAUGCAAGUAUUCACAGUGGAAAUAGACACAGGAAAACCUACGUGUGUGAACAAUGUGGGAAAACAUACACUAGACAAAAAUUUUUUCAAAUACAUGCAAGAAGUCACACUGAAGAAAAGCUGUGAAUCAGUAAUGUGAGGAAUCUUCAGCCAGCAGAAUACUUGUCAAAGACGUGAAGGAAUCCACUCAGAAGAAACCCUAUGUAUGAAAGGAAUGUGAGGAAACAUUCAGUACUGACAAGUGCCCUCAAACACAUGAAGAUGGCAUACUGGGGCAAACGAUAUGUGUGAAGGCAGAGUGAGUAAGAUGGGAUGCACUCACUGCAGUAAAUUUAUAUUUGUAAGAUGUGUGUGAAAACAUACAAUGAUAUCAUUUAAAUGGUUGAAUAAAGUCACACUGGGCAGAAAGCCUGAAGUCAGCAAUAAAGGAAAGAUUUUGGCAUAUUUGGGUACUGUCAAAAACAUGAAGUCACACUGGAGAGAAAUUCCAUGCAAGCCUAUUUUGAUUAUGAUUGGCUUUUUUUUUUUUUUUGCUUUUGAGAUGGGGUCUCAAUAUACACUUCAGACUUUUUCUUUAGCUCACUUUGUAGCUCAGGCUGGUCUUGAACUCGCAAUGAUCCUUCUGCCUCAGCUUCCCCAGUGCUGGGAUUACAGGUGUGUACCACCACAUCCAUCUCAUGUAAUGGAGACCUGUAGAAAUAAUAUGAACAUUUUGUUGCCAAUAUUUCCUUAAUAAUAUCCCAGAAAAUAUAUUCCACAAAGGAGAUAUCCUAAACUGUAUUCAUUCUGUGUUUCUCAGUAAAUUAUAUAUGGGCAAGGGAUUUAGCUCGUAGCACAAGCGCCUGCCUGGCAAGCACAAGAUCAUGUGUUAGAUCCCUGGUAUCAAAAAAUAAAGAAAGUAAAAUACUUGUAAAUACUUAGUUUAUGUAUUUGGGGUCUGUAAUAUAAUAAAAUUGAUUUGACACAAUCA